AUGUUGGAAAAGUCAGCGAUAGUAUUCAUCGACGACAUCUUGAUAUAUUCAAAGAAUGAAGCAGAACACGCAAGCCAUUUACGUGAAGUGUUGGAGACGCUCAGAAGAGAGAAAUUGUAUGCAAAACUCUCGAAAUGCGCUUUCUGGUUACGAGAAGUACAAUUUCUCAGGCACAUUAUUAGUGCGGACGGAGUGUUGGUAGACCCGUCAAAAAUAGAAGCAGUGGCGAGAUGGAGUCCUCCGAAGAAUCCUUCAGAAAUCAGAAGCUUUUUGGGACUUGCGGGAUAUUAUAGGAGAUUCAUACAAUAUUUCUCCAAGAUUACCACACCGUUGACCAAACUAACUCGUAAAGACGAAAAGUUUAUUUGGGGCGAAGAUCAAGAAAAAGCUUUCCAAACGCUUAAAGAAAAAUUGACCCACGCUCCGGUAUUGACAUUACCGGAUGGAGUUGAUAAUAUGGUGGUUUACUCGGACGCGUCACAUUCUGGACUUGGGUGCGUUCUGAUUCAAUGGGGCAAGGUUAUAGCCUGUGCCUCGAGACAACUAAAGACUCAUGAAAAGAAUUACCCUACACACGACCUCGAGUUGGCGGCGGUGGAAUUAAACAUGAGACAAAGGCGGUGGUUAGAAACAGUCAUAGAUUUCGAUUGUGAUAUACAUUACCAUCCCAGGAAAGCUAAUGUGGUGCGGAUGCGUUGA